GCCGACGCCGGUAAAAUAAAACAUAAAUGUAAGGUUAGGGUUUGUUUGCUACUUAGAAUUCAUAUUCAGUAUUGUUAAAAUUUAUUGCACUUAUCGUAAGAUAUUUAAUUCAACUAAUUUGGAUAGAAUAACACUGUUUAAAAAUGACAGAAAAACAACCGAAACAACUAUCUGCUGCCGAAGCCGAAUUAUACGACAGACAAAUACGCUUAUGGGGAAUAGAAUCUCAAGAAAAAUUACGUGCAGCUAAUGUGCUUUUGAUUAACAUACGAGCUCUUGGAUCCGAAAUUGCUAAGAAUAUUUUGUUAUCAGGAAUCAACUCCCUGACUAUCUUAGAUGAUGGAAUUGUCACAGAGAAAGAGCAAGCUAAGAAUUUUCUUAUUGCGGGAAAUAGGACCGGAGAUAAGAUAGCUGAAGCUGUAUUAGAAAGAGCUCAAGCCUUGAAUCCAUUGGUUACAAUAAAAGCAGAUUCAGAUUCUCCUGCAUCGAAAGAUCCCAGUUUCUUUAAAGAUUUCACAAUUAUUGUUGCCACUUGUGUUAAAACUGAUGUUUUACUCAAAAUAGAUAAAGUAUGUAGAGCAAACAAUAUCAAACUAAUAGCUGGAGAUGUGUUUGGACUUUUUGGAUAUUCUGUUGCUGAUUUUCAAAAUCAUCAAUAUCACGAGGAUCAAAUCCAGUUAGUUAAGAAAGGAAAGAAGAGGACUCAUAAAGGUGAAAAAGUCACUGUUAAAGUCCAGUGUGAAAUCAACUAUCCUGAUUUGAACAAAGUUCUCAUACUGCCUAAUACAAAACAAAAUAUUGAUAGUAUAAAGAAAUCCAAAAGAAGAAAUGAUUUGUUUUACCUCGUUUUAAUUCUGCUUGAAUUUAGAAAUAGAGUUGAACGCAAUCCUGAUCCUGAUAAUGAACAAGACGAUAUAAAAACUCUGCAAAAGAUCAAAAAUGACAUUUUUGAAUUGUACCAAGUAGAUGAACUAAAAUCAAAACUAACAGAUAGCCAUUUUGAUCUUAUUUUCAGCGAAAUAGGUCCAGUGUGUGCUAUUUUGGGUGGUGUUAUAGCUCAAGAAGUUAUCAAAGCUGUUUCCCAUAAGGAAGUGCCCAUAAAUAAUAUGUUUUUGUUUGAUCCAAUUACAUAUGAUGGAACAGAGGAAAAUGUAGGAGCUUAAAUUUGCUUUUGUAAUUAUUGUACCUUACAAAUUAGCACAAUACUACUGUUUUAUUUUUUUUCUUUAAUUGUUUAAUUAUGAUAUUAAUUUCAAUUUAAUUUAAAUAAUUUCUUACUCUUGUAUAAUUGGAGGAGAAAUAUCAACAUAUGGGAUACAUAUUAUAUAAAACUCUUAAUGGCAGGUCUUAGGUCAGCUGUACACGGACUUCUUCAAGCAGUUGAGAUCAGCUACUUCAAGCAACGACCUCGCAGGGAAAAAUAAUUUUAUAUUCGCUGCUAUACACAUGACAGCUCCAGCAGUCACGGUCGCUUCAAGCUGUCAACAGUACGAUGAAAUUUCAUUGUGCUGUCGACAGCUGGCGAGCGGUUGCAUGACAUAUACUGACUACUCCAGCUGUUAUCCUUUCAUUUUUGAAAUGCUCAGUAUAAUCUAAACAAUAUAUUUUGACCACUCUUAUCUAAUUUGAAUAUUAUUAAAAUAUUUAUACCCUUAAAAUAUUUUCCAAAAUUUCAGGUAGUAUAAUCUUUUAACCAUAUAGUAGGUACAUUAGGGCAAGCUGUCUCAACCAUAAUAAAAUUAGGUUGAGUUU